GUGCUGGAAUAUUUGGCCACCUCUCUGACUCCAUCCUAGGCCGAAAAGGCUCUCUCACGAUCGUAUGCAUUUUAAAUGCCAUAUUCGGUUGCUUAACAGCACUCGCCCCAGACUUCCGUACUUAUACUCUCCUUCGUUUCCUUACUGGCUUCAGCACUGGUGGCGUUGGCCUCUGUGCGUUUGUUCUCGCCACUGAACCCGUCGGCCUCUCAAAGCGUGGCGUUGCUGGCAUGUCCACAUUCUACUUCUUCUCCACCGGAAUUGCCUUCCUAUCUGGCAUAGCUUACAUUUUCCAAUCAUGGCGUGCCCUCUACAUUGCCACCUCUAUCCCCUCCAUCCUCUUUCUCGUCAUCAUCCUCCCUUUCAUCUCCGAGUCCCCGCGAUGGUUCCUCAUACGUGGAAAAACCAAUGAAGCCAUGAAAAUCAUGCAAAACAUCGCAAAAGUUAACGGAAAACAUUUCCCAGACGAUGUCUCCCUUGCCCUUGACGAGGAGGCUAACAACACCACCACCAACAACAAGGUUGAAGCGAAAGCUGCAAACGAGGCGAUAACAGGUUCUGUCAUAGACGUAGUUCGAUCGCCCCUGACCCGUGUCCGGUUAUUUCUCUCAGUCGCCAUUAACUUCUUGUGCUCGGUCGUUUACUAUGGGUUGAGCUUAAACGUCGUAAACCUCGGAACCAAUCUGUACCUGAAUGUUUUUCUUAAUGCAGUUGCAGAAAUGCCAGCAUUUUUGCUAACUGCGCUUUUAUUGGAUAGGUAUGGGAGGAAGCCAUUGGCAAUUGGAACGCAAUGGUUUAGUGGGUUUUUUUGCAUUAUAGGGGGUUUAAUGGGCGGGUUUGGGAUUUGGAAGUCGCUCAGGAUGGUUUGUGGCAUUUUGGGGAUAUUUGGGAUGGCUGGGACUUAUAAUUUGUUAUUUGUGUAUACAUUGGAGUUGUUUCCCACUGUGGUUAGAAAUGCGGCACUUGGAUGCGCAACGCAGGCAGCGCAGAUGGGGGCGAUAUUGACGCCGUUUGUGGUGGUUUUGGGCGGUGGGUUGCCUUUUGCAGUGUUUGGGGUGUGUGGCAUUGCCGGAGGAUUGCUUGCUUUUUGUCUGCCGGAGACUUUGAAUAAGCCGUUGUAUGACACGAUGGGCGGAUUAGAGAAGGGGGAAAAUGCAGAAAAUGAGAAUGCUUAAGAGUUUUUUUUUUAUUUUUUUUGAUUUUUGUAACUCAACUUGGUCAGGUCUAGAAAGCAAGGUCUCGUUUUCACAGCGGGAAGGUAUGAAGCAGACUAUUUCAAUUUUCAACGAAGAAUGUAAAAUUCACAAAAUGGGGAAUUCAGUGAUUCCUCUCUCUCUCCCUCUCUCCAAAGUGCAAUGGUUUGAGGUAGAUGUAACUUGAACCUCCUCUAUUUUUCUUCUACCAGUUUCCAUUGCCUGGAUUUUAUGAUUCCA